UUAAAAUGUAUAUCGAUUAUCAAUCGUGUUAGUGUACAGUCUGUAUAAAGAUAUGACUGGAUAAUAUAUGAAAAUAAACUGUUAAGCACAUAUUUAUGACAAUCUAGUCAUAGAACACUAUUUCGUGAUGUAUGUGAUACGAUGGUUUCUUCUCAAAAGUUGUAUAUUUGGAGUGUUCAUUUCAGUCACAGAGGCAAGCGUUUUGCUGCAAACAUUUGAUGGAGAGAUGACUUAUAUAAAAGGCUCAAACGUAACGCUCGUUUGCACAAUUACUCCCUAUAAUAAUGUGAUGACUUGGUACGUGGACAAUCAACUCUACGCUGACUGCUUUUUAGGGAACUGUGGUCCUUCUUUAAACAAACCAUAUACAUUUAAUUUCACUUUUGAUGAAACUGCAGGGGUUUUCAAACUCAAUAUAGAUUCAAUGGAUUCUUCUCACGCUGCGCUUUCAUUUGCUUGCGACGAUGGAAAUGUGAGAGAAACAAUUUCUUUCAAU